UAUUAAUUUCCACUUCCCAAUACUAUAACAAUAAACAAUUCCUUAAGCUACACAGAAUAAUCAUUUCAAUACCAAAGAGAGAAAUAAAGAGAAUAAGACCAUCACUUUCUUAUUCUGCACUCUUCUUUUCUUUCUCCAUUUGUGAGAAUAUAUUACUACUAUUUUUUUUUUCAGGAGAAAAAAAAAUUAGCCAAAAAAAGAAAUGGGAAGAGGAAGGGUACAGUUGAAGAGAAUUGAGAACAAAAUUAAUAGACAAGUUACUUUCUCAAAACGUCGAUCUGGUUUGCUUAAGAAAGCUCAUGAGAUUUCUGUGCUUUGUGAUGCUGAUGUUGGUUUGAUUGUUUUUUCUACUAAAGGCAAACUCUUUGAAUAUGCCACUGAUUCUUGCAUGGAGAGGAUCCUUGAAAGAUAUGAAAGAUACUCAUAUGCUGAGAGGCAGCCUGUUGCUAAUACUGAUCAUAGCUCCCCGGGAAGCUGGACUCUGGAACAUGCAAAACUUAAGGCUAGACUUGAGGUUUUGCAGAGAAACCAAAGGUACACAUAAUUAUAUUGAUCUCUAAACGAAUUUUAUGUAACAUAUACAUUGCCCUUGGUAGAAACAUUACAACAAUAACAUAUCCUGUGUAAUCUUACAUGUGGGGUCUGGGAAGGGUAAUGUUAGAAUAUACUAUAAGCCAUGCGUAUUGUUAUAGUAUUCUUUAUGAAUAAU